UUAUACAUUUCUAUCUUCCUAAAUCUCAUCCAUCUGCAAAUUCAUCUCUGGUCAGCUACCUGCUGUUCCGAAAUUUGCCGUAAUUGAGCUGAAGCAAUGACAGUGGAGAUGGAAAGACAACUACAUUUACAAGAUGAUCAUAUGAGUGGGAAUUGGAGUUUCGGUAGCAAUUACCAUCCUUGUAGCCAACCAAGGAAGAUAUCAAUAGGAGUCGUGGUUGAUUCUACUGCCAAAAUGAAGGGUAAACAUGGCAAGGAAGUUGUGGCCGAGUUGCAACCUUCAGAAAAUAUAACAAUUGCAAAAGAUAUUCCUGCAGAAAGUAAACAUAAAGGGAAAGAAGUCAUGUCUCCAGAUUUGGGAAGACAAAACAAGGCUCCAUGUCAAGAAUCCUCCCCACUAGUUCGUGCGAAAACUUCCAAUCAAAACAUAUCAUAUUCAGACACAUUUGGUUAUCCAAGAAAAGUCGCAAGUUUGCCUUCCACUAGCAAUGUGCUUCUGCAACCUAGUAGUAGCAAGGUAGUUGGUGAACUGGAACCUGUUAACCAGAUGUUUAAUCUGCAUGCUACGGAUGUUAAUGAAAAGAAAUCAAAUAGAAACACUUUACAAAGGGAGGGAGGAAACCUUGGCAUCAUGGGCAGGGAAGAGUCUUCAUAUGGAACUGCAGAGAAAGUAUUUGUGCCAGAGAAAGGAAUAAAAGAGCAGGGAACAAGAGAAAGAGGAAACGGUGGCAACCUAACAUUAAGAAGAAAAGUUCAGGAAUUACUUGGAACUGUUUAUUCACCUGAUAAGAAACUAUACAGCUCUGAGAUUUCUGGAAUGGAGAAUUCAAAGCCAAAGUCCAAAACCCAUCAAAAUGAGAGUCUUGUUGCCAUGCAUAGGCAACAUAUGCAUACAAGAGAAACCAACUCUGGAAGCCUGGGCCGUAAAAUGAGGAGACCAGUUACUCGUUCUUUGACCCACAAGAAUCCUCAACCUCAGAAGUCUGUGCCAAAGAAACAAGUUCAAUUCUGUAGGAAUAAACAGACUCACUUAGACAUGAACACAUUCUCUUUUGUAGAGACGUUGUCCAGGAGACCCAGCACGGAUGUCAAUCAUGGUACUACAUUGUGUAAAAGAAAGGAAAGAGAGACAUAUGGAACCAGGCCAGUGAAGACAUGCUCUGUGGAAGGGGUUCACAAAGAUGACAGUCAGCAAGCUACUGAUUGGAGAAAAAUAAAAGCUGCUGCUAUAAAUGUAUCAUUGCUUGAAAACAGAACAGGAGAGAGUGAGAUAGUUAAGCCAAAUACUAGAAGGAAAGAAACGACACACCACCAAUUUGAAGUCAUCAUGACCAGACAUCAGCCUGGAGGUAAUAAUGGGACAACGUUACAUAACAAUGUCGAUCAGGAUCCUUUUGCCAAACAUUCCCUAACAAAGGAUGUAGGCCCACAAUAUGAUCUAAAGAGCCCAACGUUUGAGUUGAAAGAAGCUGCUGAGAUCUCUUCUCCUAGAUCUUUGUUCCAAAACAACCAGGAAGACCUCGCUGUUGAUAGCCCACCUGAGAGAGCCUUAAAUACAAAAGGAAUAUGUAGCUCCCCCGGCAUAGGAUUUUCAAAAGGAGGCUACUACCGUGCAAACACAAAGAAUCCUGCCAUGGACUUUAGAGAGCCUCCUGUAAAAAAACCAGCUACUUUGAUUAUAGGGGGACACAAAGAAAGUAGAUGUUCUAGAUCUCCAAGUAAAGAGGUGCAAUUUGAGAACUCCGAAGAUGGUUCACCUGUCUCAGUGCCGAUCAUAUUGGAGAACUGCAAAGGAAAUAGAUGGUCUACAUCACCAUGUCAAGAGGAGGAUCCUGAGAGCCUUGAAUAUGGUUCUCCCAUCAAAGGGGAUGGAGAUUGUGACAAUUUUCAUAAUUCCUCAGAACCGAAUGGGCUUGCAGGUGCUGUCAACCUGUUCGCCUUGGCCCUAGAAAGAGUUCAAAGCAAAAUACAUUCAAUCGCUAGUCGACAAUCUGCUGAGAUAUUGUUGUCUGUUUCCAAGAACAUACAUUGGCAGCUGCAAAAUGCUGAAUCUAAGAUCCAAAAUGAAGUUGGAAAGCUAACAAAUCUUGGUAAAUCAAAAAGAAUGCGUCCAGAAAACCGAUGCCAAGAGCAACAAGAGCAGCUGAAGCUUAUAUACGAGAAAUUUAAAGAAGAAGUGGAUCGGCACCUUGAAAACUGUCGAAGCGCAGUUGAGGGAUUAGAAGCACACCACAUCGAAGUUAGAGGAAUGGUAGAGAAACAAAGGCUGUCUCACAGAAAGCUUCUCCUGCAAACUGAGGAAGCAAUAGAGACGCAGCUUAAUGAUGCCCAAAGUAGACUUGCAGACGUUCGCAGGCUGGCAAGGGAGAAAUUGCUUAAACUAAAAUAUGGUAUAGGUGAAUGCCUAAAAGAGGGUUUACUCGGUUGAAAGACUCUUAUACAUACAUACCAAGUACCGUCUCUCAAACUACUGGGAUAGAUUACUUGGCCAGAAGAUGGAGGAUUUUAGGUUGUGCAUGAUUCAAUAGAAUGCAAAUAUCCCUAUCUUAUAGAUAGUUAGCAGCAGAAUAAGCCAUCUGCCAGUAUCCCAUCAAAUCAUUUUUUUUGUGUUCUUGAUACCGUAC